AUAUAUAUAUAUAUAUAUAUAUAUAUAUAUUUUAGAAACCUGCUCUUAGAAAUUUCAAACAUCGAUAACAACACUUACAAAUUGUUUAGUCCCACCAUUUAAAUGUAUUCACCUAGCGUCAUUGACUUUUGUUCCUUUUUUUAAAAUACAACUAAUUUUGUCAGUCUCUGUUAAUUUGAGUUUUUUUUUUCUUUUCUUUUUCAUGCAUUUAUAUCUUUCACAAGUCCCAACGACACAGAAACGGUCGACGACACGAACUAAACAAUUCCAAGAAGUUAAUGGAAGAUCCUCUUUUGCCGGAAGACGCGCAGUGUACCACCGGGAAUCCAAAGCCAACGCAGACAUGGCGGAUGGAUUUUACGGCGGAGCUGAAGAACGUCAGCCGCAUGGCCGCACCUAUGGCCACCGUGACCGUUGCUCAGUUUCUAUUGCCUCUUAUAUCGGUCAUGGUAGCCGGCCACCGUGGCGAGCUCCAGCUCUCGGGCGUUGCUCUUGCCACCUCCUUCGCUAACGUCUCCGGCUUCAGCAUCAUGUUUGGAUUAGUGGGUGCACUUGAGACUCUGUGUGGCCAAGCUUAUGGAGCCAAACAAUACUCCAAACUCGGAACCUUCACGUACUCUGCAAUCGCCUCCAACGUACCCAUUUGCGUUCUCAUUUCGAUUCUCUGGAUUUACAUGGACAAAUUAUUGAUUUCCAUCGGACAAGACCAUGACAUCUCCAAAGUAGCUGGCUCCUAUGCGGUUUGGCUUAUACCGGGUUUGUUCGCUCAAGCGGUGCAACAACCUGUAACUCGGUUUCUCCAGACUCAGGGUUUAGUUCUACCUCUUCUCUACUGUGCUUUAAGCACACUGUUGUUCCAUAUACCUGUUUGCUGGAUUCUGGUCUACACUUUUGGUCUCGGAAGCAAUGGAGCAGCCUUGGCUAUUAGCCUGUCUUACUGGUUUAACGUAUUGAGUCUCGCUUGUUAUGUGAGAUUCUCCAGUUCUUGCGAGAAGACUCGUGGCUUCGUGUCCGAUGAUUUCGUAUCUGGCGUCAAACAGUUUUUCCAGUAUGGAAUACCAUCAGCAGCAAUGACUUGCUUAGAGUGGUGGUUGUUCGAGCUCCUUAUAUUGUCCUCAGGACUCCUCCCUAAUCCGAAACUCGAGACCUCUGUUCUUUCGGUUUGUCUUUCAACAGGAUCUUUACACUAUGUCAUACCAAUGGGUAUCGCGGCUGCUGUGAGCACAAGGAUUGCAAACGAAUUGGGUGCUGGGAAUCCGGAGGUUGCUAGGCUUGCAGUGUUUGCUGGUAUUUGCCUUUGGCUCCUAGAGGCUGCCAUUUGUAGCACAAUUCUCUUCAUUUCCAGGAAUAUUUUCGGCUACGCCUUUAGCAACAGCAAAGAAGUUGUGGACUAUGUGACAGAGCUAGCUCCUUUACUCUGUCUCUCGUUUAUUGUAGACGGGUUUUCAGCAGUUCUUGGGGGUGUUGCUAGGGGAAGUGGGUGGCAACAUAUUGGAGCUUGGGCAAAUGUGGUGGCUUAUUAUCUCAUUGGAGCUCCGGUUGGACUUUUCUUAGCGUUUUGGUGUCACAUGAAUGGUAAAGGGCUAUGGAUCGGUGUGAUCUUUGGUUCUUCAUCGCAAGGCAUCAUACUUGCUAUAGUCACUGCUUGCAUGAGUUGGAACGAACAGGCUUCCAAAGCAAGAAAAAGAAUAGUUGUAGGGACUUCUUCGUUUGGCAAUGAAAUUGUUUGAAGAGUUAUUAUUGGGUUCAGCAACCAAUAGCAUUUUGUUAUGAGUUAUUCUUGAGUUCACUUCUACAGAUUUAUCAACCAAUAGAAAUUUGUUAUUUCAUAUUUAAUGUCUUUUAAAAAAAAUAAAGUAUUAUCAAGUUAUAUUAUGUUUAUAAAAUAAAAAGGUAAAAAUAAAUUAAAAAUAGUAAUAGUUGCAAUAAAAAGAACAUUUUUAAAAAAUAUUUUUAAAACCGUCAGCAAAUCACUAAACCCUAAAUCCUAAACCCUUAGGUAACCCUAAACCCUUGGAUAAAUCUUAAACCCUUGGAUAAAUCUUAAACCCUAAAUCAAAAAUACUAAAUACUAAAUAUUAAAAAUCCUAAGCCCUUAAUCCUAACCCCUAAAUCCUUAGAUAAUAAAAAGUUGUAGUUCCUAAAGAGAAUUUUUAAAUAUUUUUAACGGCAAAACACUAAACCUAAAUACUAAAUACUAAACUUUAAACUCUUGGAUAAACCAUAAAACCGAGUUUAUGGUUUAUCCAAGGGUUUAAAGGUUAUGAUUAAGGGUUUAAUGUUUUUAAGAUUUAGUGUUCAGUGUUUUUGAUUUAGGAUUUAUGAUUUAUCCAAAAAAUUGUAGGUUUUACCCAAGGGUUUAGGAUUUAGGU